CGAGUUGAAUUUUCGUAAUUUCUCUGGGACUAUUGCUAAAAUUUGAUUGAAAAGAUUUUUUGUCGGCUGUGCAACAAUUGAAUGGCGGGGAGCAACCAAAGUGAAGGUGAUGAAAAACUGAACGAGUUGUUGAAGCAACGAGAGGAUGUGGAGAAUGUACUCCAGCUUCUCGAAGACCAGUUGUAUAAGUUUGAAGGAGAACUGCUCAGCACUUCGUUUUAUGGAAGUGUUCUCAGUGGUUGGGAUCGUUCAGCAAUGUCAGUUACACCAUCCAAAGCAACUCCAGAAAUGUUGAAUCGAAAAAUAAAGGACGAUGAGCGUCUCAUGUCUCGUUCAUCAAUACCUUUUACGAGGAGACAACGCCGAGAAGCAGCGGAUCAGGAAAAUCGCAACCGUGGUAGAUUAUCUAGGGAGAACAAUAUGUCUUCCGACAGUACUGGUGACACCAAGCGCAAAAGAACAUCGUCGCCAGUUGCGCUUUCGACCGAAACGCGGCACAGACUUUCUGACGAGAAGAAGUAAGAAGCCGAAUUUUAUAGUUAACUAUAUCAUAUCCUGUCUAAAGAGAAAGACUAGCUUUUUUGCUUUACUUUUAGUAAUAAUUUUGGUAUGAAUAAUCUAUUCUUGCUGAAUCAGUGAUAAGUUGGGUUUAAUGGUGAGAG